AUGAAGAAAAUUCCCCUUGAUAAUUGGGUGUUCACUCAAGUUGGGGGUGGCAAAGGAACUAAGAAGGAUGAAUAUCUACCAGCAACGGGACCCACAACUGUUCACGUCGAGCUCCUGAGAGCGAAACGAAUUCCCGACCCAUUCGUUGGUCUUCAUGAGCAUGACGUGCAAUGGAUUGGUGAAAGUGAUUGGAUUUUCAAGCAAAUAUUUAUACUCUCAGAGGAUAAUGCUAAAUUUUCAAACAUCGAUCUGGUCUUCGAUGGUCUUGACACUUUUGCAGCAAUUACCUUAAAUGGAGCGCAAAUCCUUGAAACUGCCAAUCAGUUUGUUGGCCAUCGUCUCAACGUCAAGUCAACUCUCAAGACUGGAGAGAACGAGCUCGUGCUGAACUUUGGCAGUGCUUUCAAGAAGGGACGUGAUAUCGAAAAGCAGCACGGAAAGCUCAAUCUAUGGAAUGGUGAUAGUAGUCGGCUUCACGUCCGCAAAGCACAGUAUAACUACGGAUGGGACUGGGGGCCAAUCUUAAUGACUGUCGGACCUUGGAAGCCAGUCUACCUUGAAUUGUACAAGAAUCGGAUCUCUGACCUCGACAUACGAAACGACGUCUCCAAAGAUCUGAACGUAAAAAUGACCGUCGAAAUGUCUUUCGCCAAGAACACGCCUGGGCAAGCGUCUCUCGCUCUCAAAGCUCCCGAUGGCACAAUUGUCGCCUCAGAUAGGAACAUCCGGCCUAACAAAGGUCAGACCCGAGCUACAUUCUCAUUUAGCCAAGGAGAACUACAGCUCUGGUAUCCUGUGGGAUAUGGUACGCAGCCCAUCUACAGUGUGGAAGCUGACCUCUUCGACGAAGAUGGUACACUCUUGGAUUCAAAAACACAAACGAUCGGCUUUAGGCGAACACUCAUAGUCCAGGAAAAGCUACUUGAUCAGCCGGGAUUAUCCUUUUUUUUCGAGGUCAAUAACGUCCCAAUUUUUGCUGGAGGGUCCAACUGGAUUCCCAGUGAUUCAUUUGUACUCAUUCGUAUGGAUCGUAGGAUGACUCCAGAUAGGUAUAGAGACUGGCUUAAGCUCCUGGUAGAUGGAAAUCAGAACAUGAUACGUGUAUGGGGAGGAGGGAUAUAUGAGGCCGAUUCCUUUUACGACAUUUGCGAUGAACUCGGCAUACUUGUGUGGCAAGAUUUCAUGUUUGGCUGUGGCCAGUAUCCUGCAUACGACUCUUUCUUGGCUCUUGUGAAGGAUGAAGCAGAAUACAACGUGAAACGACUGCGUCACCAUCCAUCCCUUUCCAUCUUUGCCGGGAACAAUGAAGACUAUCAAGUUGCUGAAUCUAUGCACCUCGAACUAGAUUACUCUGACGAGACUUCAGAUUUCCGCAAAACAAAUUUCCCUGCACGAUAUAUAUAUGAACGAGUACUACCCGAAAUUGUGGGACGCCUAUCCGAUAUACAUUACCAUAGGUCUUCUCCUUACAGUGGACAAGGGAAGGCUUCAACUGAUCGCACCUUGGGUGAUUUACACCAAUGGAACGUCUGGCAUGGAAGCCAAGAACCAUGGACCAACUGGGACAUUCUAGCGGGACGCUUUGUAUCGGAAUUUGGAAUGGAAGGGUAUCCCAACAUACGCACCGUUGACUACUGGCUUGGGGGUGAAACUAAAGAACGUUUCCCCCAAUCACGAAUCAAUAACAGUCACAAUAAAGCGGAUGGGUUCGAAAGGCGAUUGGAGUUGUAUCUCGUGGAGAAUUUCAAGCAUUCAUUUGAAAUGGAAAGCUACGUUUAUGCAACGCAGAUAAUGCAAGCCGAGUGUCUCGCUAGUGCCUACCGUCUUUGGCGACGAAACUGGGCUGGGAGAGGCAAAGAAUAUACUGCGGGUGCGUUAGUAUGGCAACUAAACGACUGCUGGCCAACAACCAGUUGGAGCAUUGCAGAUUACUUUCUUCGUCCCAAGCCGGCCUACUUCUCUAUUGCGCGUGAACUUCGCCUUUACACCGUGGGUAUCACAAGGAAGGAGGUCACCACAUUUGCAGACGAGAGAUCAGCGGCGGAUUUCACGAUUGAUACUUUGUUCGAAGUAUGGGGCACCAAUAGCACUUUGGCCGCGAAGAAUGUCACUCUGGAAGUCUUGUAUCAUGACCUUCAUGAUCCUACAUUCAAAGACGGAUGGACCAAAGCUGUCAACCUUUCUCCGAAUUCCAGCACUGAGAUAUUCAAAGGGUCAGUGAAUGCAUUACCACCAAGGACUACGAAGAGUCAAGUCCCGAAGAUUAUUGUGGUAUCUGCCCGUUUAUUGGACGAAAAUGGCACGGUUCUGGCACGCUACUCGAAUUGGCCGGAACCCUAUAAAUUCAUCGACUUUCCCAAGGACGCCGGAUUUAGCGCUGAAAUAUCCGCGGAUGGCGAAUCCGUCAAGCUAUCUUCGAAGCGACCCAUGAAAGGAAUCGUUCUUGAUGUAGAAGGCGAGGACGUGAAAUGGAGUGAUCAGGCGAUAGACUUGAUACCGGGAGAUGACCAAGUCAUUCAUGCUGUCGGACUUAAAGGUCGCGGCGUUCAAGUCAGGUACGUGGGAGAUGGAGCAGCAUGA